CUGAAUGACCGAGAGCAUCAUGUGCGAUCAACUGACCCCAAAGUGCGCUCCGCCUGCGAUAGAUGCCGGAAUCAAAAGCUCAAGUGCGACCAGGCCACAACAUCGAGUGGCACUGGCAAAUGUAGCCGUUGUGUGAAGUCAAAUACUGAGUGUUCAACAAGUGCACCGCGACCAUCAGGGAGACCGUCUCGCCAGCAACAACGAAAACAAAUCAAAUCAAGGAAGCCCGACCAGCUCUGGGGUUUUGAGAAUACACCUCUACAGAAUGAUGACCCGACACCUCUUUCGACAACUGUCACAACGCUUUCCGUGCCAUUUGAAGAAUCAGCCAUGCAAUUUGAUAUCUUUGAUGACUCAAUGUUCGCAUCAUUUACGGCUGAAGACUUCUCUUUCAGCCAUACACUCCCCACCGCGAACAAAGAACUUUCUAGUACUUUUUGGGAUGGGACACGCCAAAACAUUGUCUCUGAUAUGCCCACAUCAGAGUUGGAUCUUUAUACUGAUGGUGUGACCGACCAUUGGUCCAGAAAAGGUCUUCAGCCGCAUCUGUUGAUUAGCAGAGACAGGUCGUAUCAUCUGAAGACACUUGCAGAACUCAACUCGACCCUUUUCCAGCAUUUAUCUGUGAUUGAUAAACUUGUGUACGGUGAUUGUUGCAAGGUUGAUCCCAAUCUCGGUGUCAAAACUAUGCUCAAUUUCUUGCAAGAGUUUGCAAAAAUCAUAAGCUACUUCCUGAUGUUCUCCCCAAUCACUUCUGCCCCUCGCCUAACCUCAUCUUUCGAUGCUUCUAAUGAGGAUGAGAUGGGCUCUAAUGAUUCCGAUGUUGAUUUCGAGGAACGAACAUUUAUACAACAUGAUACAGAUGGCUGCCAGGCUGACCUUGACAACGACGCCUCUUUCAACUCGGAAAAGACCGCAAGAAAUACUGGUACGGCGAAUGGACCAUUAAUAGACUAUCCUACCAUUCUGGCACUUACUACCUGCUAUGUUUCUCUGAUCCGGCUGCACAGAACCGCUUUCAAUAGGAUCCGGCUAUCUCUUCAGGUUGCGUCUAAAAAGAAAGUUGUGCCUCAAUACAAAGACUUGCCACCUCUACUCCCAGGCCUAGACCUAGCCGGCUAUCCACUCGGUAUGAACCGUUCUAUUCAGAUAACGGUUUUCAUGCACGUCGUUUUGGACCUUUUCUGGCGUGCCGAGAAGGGAAUUACCGCCAUUGCAGCAGCAGAGCGUAAUGGCAUUGCCACAUCCACAAGUGGACACAUGGAACUGCUGAAAACGAUGUUAAAACAAGAAGCCGCCACAGCAGGGCGUUCGACACAAAUGGUCAAGGACAAAGCUGUCGGUCGAAAUUCCCUGAAGACACUGGCGAGGGAAAUACGUGCAUUGUGUAGGGGCCAUGUUUGCCUCCAGCUUGAGGAGUCGACUGUCGCGACGGAGACGUUUAGUGCAAAUUUC